CAACAUGAGUAGUUUUCUCUUGACAAACGGAAUGUUUAAUUUGUAACCGCGGCAAAGUUUCUCAAAGAGGUCCGGCUUCGCUGCACUGUCAGUUUCAACCUUGUGUUCCAUCUGGACGUGUACUGUGAACCCGCUUCAUCCAUUACAGGGUUGCCAGAAGAAUCGAUAGUUCUUUGGCAAAUGAACCUGUUGGGAGUGUGAGAGUGAAUUGUUAGCAACCAUGUCAAGAUUCAAAAGAGGAGGCGCUUUACAGGGUUCACGAGCCGGCUUUGCCAGCGCCAAAGAAGAGCCCGGUGUCCCGUAUGGAUUAAUCAAGACAGCCAGGAAAAGCGGCCAGUUGAACUUGUCUGGGAGAGGGCUGACCGAAGUUCCUCCGACUGUUUGGCGAAUGAAUAUUGACACUCCUGAAGAAUCCCGUAGCAAUGCCUCCUUUAGCUCGGAUGAUCGGUGGUGGGACCAGACUGAUCUGACAAAGCUGAUUCUUGCAUCCAACAAGCUGCAGUCCCUUUCAGAAGAUAUUCAGCUUCAUCCUGCUUUGACUGUUUUGCAUGUUCAUGAUAAUGAACUUGUCUCCUUACCUCAGUCUAUUGGGCUGCUUGAAAAUCUACAGAAGCUUAAUAUCAGCCAUAACAAACUGAAGGAAUUACCAGAACAGUUCUGGAAUCUUAAGAACCUAAGAAACUUACACUUGCAACAGAAUGAACUGAAAAGAAUACCAGAGGGAAUAGGUCAGUUGACCCUUUUGGAUGAAUUGGACCUUUCAGACAAUCAAAUUGAAGAUAUUCCAGACACUGUGGGUAAACUCUGCAAUCUAGUGAAGCUUAAUCUGUCCAACAAUAAACUAAAAACACUUCCAUCUGGAAUUAAAACACUUAAAAAUUUGAAAAUAUUGGACUGUACACAUAAUGAAUUGGUAAGCAUUCCACCAGAGGUGGCACAGAUGGCAUCUUUAGAGCAACUUUAUCUAAGGCACAACAAGCUACGUAUCCUUCCGGAGCUUCCUUCCUGUAAACUGCUCAAGGAGCUCUAUGUUGGCAACAAUCAAAUUGAAUUCCUGGGAGAAGAACAUUUAAAGCAUUUAAGUGUCAUUAGUGUGUUAGAGUUGAGGGAUAACAAACUGAAGUCCAUUCCAGAUGAAAUCACUCUUCUACAAGGAUUAGAGAGACUGGAUCUCACCAACAAUGACAUAAGCAAUUUGCCUUAUGGAUUAGGGGAUUUGCCUAAACUGAAAACUCUGUCACUAGAAGGCAAUCCUUUGAGAACCAUUCGUAGGGAUCUUCUUACUAAAGGAACUCAGGAACUUUUGAAAUACUUGAGAAGCAGAGUGCAAGUAAAUAAUGAGGAUAAGGAAACAAAUUCUUCUGAGUCAGCUAUGACUCUACCAAGCCAAGGAAAGAUCAACAUACAUGCUAUAAAAACGCUGAAGACUUUGGAGUACAGUGAGAAACAAGAGGCAGUUAUUUCUGAUGACAUUUUUGAUGCAGCUGGUGAAAACCCGAUAGCCACCGUAAACUUCAGUAAAAAUCAACUUACACAGAUCCCUUCAAGGAUUGUGGAAUUCAAAGCUACUUUAUCAGACAUCAGCCUUGCUUUCAAUAAGCUAUCCUGUGUCUCCUUAGAAUUUUGCAUGCUACAGCAGUUGCUUCACGUAGAUUUCAGGAAUAAUUUUUUGUCAUCUCUCCCUGAUGAAUUAGAAGCACUGAUGAGGCUCCGGAGCAUAAUCCUGUCCUUCAACAGGUUUAAACACUUUCCCGAUGUCCUAUACUGCAUUCCAUCACUGGAGACCAUUUUAAUUAGUAAUAACCAGAUUGGAGCCAUUGACCCUCUUAAACUGAAACAACUUCAUAAACUGUCAACCUUGGACUUGCAAAAUAAUGACAUAAUGCUUGUCCCUCCAGAGCUUGGAAAUUGUACUAGUCUAAGAGCUCUAAGUCUAGAUGGCAAUCCUUUUCGGAAUCCAAGAGCAGCCAUUCUUUCUAAAGGAACUGAUGCCUUGCUAGAAUACCUACGAAGUCGCAUUCCCACUUAAUGGUGUUUUCUUCAGUGAGGAAAAUGUCACUUUGUACACCUGAUCUGUAUACUGCUUUAACAUUCCUUAUCAUUUAACUGACUUUUGCAUCUGGCACUAAAGCAAAUUUAUAUUAGAAUUAUUUUUGAAUAAUGUGACUUUCUGUGUGUGUAUAGCUCUUCCUGUUCAAUUUUUAUUAAUAUUGAUUGAAUACUGUUGUGUUAUAUUAUAUUCAUUUGUUUAACUUUCAAUAUGUAAUUUUUACUUCAAAUUUGGUGGUGAUAAUGAAUCACUCAACAAUAUAAAAACAGAUGACUAAAUGG